AUGAAAAAGUGGGAAGAAUAUGGAUUGAUAAAUUUGGAACAAGGGAUUAUACAUUUGGGUAAAAAAAUUUUAUUUUUGAAAUCUGGACUUGUACAACAAUCAAGAAUUCUUAUCAUUAUAGGACUUAUGAUGGUGGUGAUAAGGUUGGAUAACCCUAAGAGUUAUGUAUGUAGAGUUAGUCGAGAUGAUAUUUUGGAGGUUCCUGACACUGAAGAAAAAUUUCCAGAAGUAUUGGAAAUGUUAGCAGCUGUCCUAAAUCUAAAGAAAAAAACAAGUCAUGACACAAAACAAAUUUCACGACCUGUAAAGGGUUGUUGGUUGGCUGAUGAAUUUAGAAACGUGGGCAAAUUCAAGCUUAAAUUAAACGAGGUGCAUGAAGUUUGA